CCGGUGCCUUCCCCAGGUCCGGGCGGGGCGCCUCGGCUCCCUGCGGAGCUCUCGGUAGAGUCUGGGUGGGGGUCAUAUUUCGUUCUAGCGGAGAACCAGCCCCUGAGCUGUGCGCAAGGUGCAGAGGGAACGUCUUCCCUGAGGACCGGGGCAUGCGAAGGGAGUCCCUCCUGCAGGUCUCUUUCUCAGUCAUUUUGAGCUUGGCCUAAUAGAAGACUGAGGUUAUGAAGUCCAUCCUAGAUGGCCUCGCAGACACCACGUUCCGCACCAUCACCACAGACCUCCUGUACGUGGGGACUAAUGACAUUCAAUACGAAGACAUCAAAGGCGACAUGGCGUCCAAAUUAGGCUACUUCCCACAAAAAUUCCCAUUGACUUCCUUCCGGGGAAGUCCCCUCCAAGACAAGAUGACUGCAGGAGACAGCUCCCAGUUAGUCCCGGGAGACCCGUUGAACAUGACUGAGUUCUACAACAAGUCUCUCUCCUCCUACAAGGAGAAUGAGGAGAACAUCCAGUGUGGGGAGAACUUCAUGGACAUGGAAUGCUUCAUGAUCCUGAACCCCAGCCAGCAGCUGGCCAUUGCUGUACUGUCCCUCACGCUGGGCACCUUCACGGUCCUGGAGAACCUGCUGGUGCUGUGUGUCAUCCUCCACUCCCGCAGCCUCCGCUGCCGGCCCUCUUACCACUUCAUCGGCAGUCUGGCGGUGGCGGAUCUCCUGGGGAGCGUCAUUUUUGUCUACAGCUUCGUCGACUUCCAUGUGUUCCACCGCAAAGACAGCCCCAACGUGUUUCUGUUCAAACUAGGCGGGGUCACAGCUUCCUUCACUGCCUCAGUGGGCAGCCUGUUCCUCACAGCCAUCGACAGGUACAUAUCUAUUCACAGGCCCCUGGCCUACAAGAGGAUCGUCACCAGGCCCAAGGCUGUGGUGGCCUUUUGCCUGAUGUGGACCAUAGCAAUUGUGAUCGCUGUGCUGCCUCUCCUGGGCUGGAACUGCAAGAAGCUGCAAUCUGUUUGCUCAGACAUUUUCCCACUCAUUGACGAGACCUACCUAAUGUUCUGGAUCGGGGUCACCAGCGUGCUGCUGCUGUUCAUUGUGUAUGCCUACAUGUAUAUUCUCUGGAAGGCUCAUAGCCACGCAGUCCGCAUGAUUCAGCGUGGCACCCAGAAGAGCAUCAUUAUCCACACGUCAGAAGAUGGCAAAGUGCAGGUGACCCGGCCAGACCAAGCCCGCAUGGACAUCAGGCUAGCCAAGACCCUAGUCCUGAUCCUAGUGGUGUUGAUCAUCUGCUGGGGCCCUCUGCUUGCCAUCAUGGUAUACGAUGUCUUUGGGAAGAUGAACAAACUCAUUAAGACGGUGUUUGCUUUCUGUAGUAUGCUCUGCCUGCUGAACUCCACCGUGAAUCCCAUCAUCUAUGCUCUGAGGAGCAAGGACCUCAGGCAUGCUUUCCGGAGCAUGUUCCCCUCGUGUGAAGGCACCGCGCAGCCCCUGGAUAACAGCAUGGGGGACUCGGACUGUCUGCACAAGCAUGCGAACAACGCGGCCAGUGUUCAUAGGGCGGCGGAAAGCUGCAUCAAGAGCACGGUCAAGAUUGCCAAGGUGACCAUGUCUGUUUCCACAGACACAUCUGCUGAGGCUUUGUGAGCUUGAUGCUUCUGGCAGCACGAGUAGAAUUUUUUUUUUUUUUUAAGUUCAAAACCUAGGAUAGUCUGUUGUCUCAUCGGUUAUAUUUUUAAAGUCCAUCACGCUCAGUGAAAAGGUGAUUGUCACCGUACUCUUUCAUCAGUUUGCAAAUGUUUCAAUAGUGUAGGUACUCAAAUUCCCUUCCCCAGGUUGUUGGUAGUGAAGACAACCUGUUGGUUGUGUGACUGAAAAAAAGUACUAAGGAAAUAGGACGGAAAUCCUUGGCUAUAUGACUUGAAGACUAAGAAGCCCUAGAAAUGAGUGUUGGCUUUGUCACUGCAACUUUCAUUACAAUGUGAAGUGUAUCUGUAGUAUCAGAGGUGUCCAUUUUUACAACCUAUAGUAGUAGAGACAUUUUGUAAACUGUGUUGUGUCUGUCCUGUGAGUUGUGUAUCAGUGUUCACUAGGUGUCCUCUGUGUUUGUCUAAUUCAGUGAAACUGACAGGUCAACUUUUGUGAAAAUAAUGGAAUGUGUGCAGUGGAACUGUGCCCAUGAGACCCUCCCUUUCUAUAUUAUUGCCCUAGAUAUAACUUUAGAAACCCUAAUAUUUCUUAAAAUAGCUCUAUUUAAAUUUGAUGCUGCAGUCACUCUACAGGUUUAUUUUUCUGUUACAACAAGAAGAAUUUUAAGACUAUCCAAAGUGCUGAGCAAAAAUCAUUUACACUUAAAAUUUUAUUAGCCCUUCAUUUCCAUAGGAGGACAUUUACUAGCUUCUGGACUAUAGCUAUUCUAUAUUCAGAGUGGAAGUAAGAAGCCCUAUUGACUUUUUUGGGCUGACCUUUCUGACUUUCUUUAGUCUUUAGCUAUUACUGGACCUCUUAUGACAGCAUGUGUCAAUGUUAAUGUAUAUUGUUAUCACUGUGCAGUUGCUGUUUACUUGACAAGUAUUGUGUUCUUAUAUUCCAGGCUUAAGUAGCUUUCAUGCCUGGGUGGCCAAACAACAGUUUUCAUCUUUUUUAAUUGAAAAAAAGUAUUGUCUGAGUCAGUAAAAUUAUACUGUGUGUGAAUGUGAAUAUAGAUGUGU